UGAUAUUCCAACGCCAUGGCUGUUCCACGUAUAGCGCUCGCUGGCCCGCUGCUUGCCCUGCUGCUCGCCGUCUCCGCCCUGGCCUCGCCCGAGGGCCGCCUGCUGGGCGGCGAAGAUGCCGCCGCCAACGAGUAUCCCUGGUCGGCCUCCCUGCGCCACAACAAGGCGCACACCUGCAUGGCCUGCAUCAUCUCGCCCAGCCAGCUGCUCACUGCCGCCCACUGUGUCUCCGAUUUGGGCACCACUCCCGUGGCUGCCAGCAGCCUGGGCGUGCGCGUGGGCAGCAUCAACCAGUAUGCCGGCGGGCAGAUCGUCAACGUGCAGAGCGUACUCAUCCACCCCUCGUAUGGGAAUUUCCUGCACGAUCUGGCCAUCAUCACGCUGACCGAGCCGCUCGUCUUCACCGAGCGCAUUGCGGCCGCCACACUGCCCGCCAAGGUGGAGGAGGAGGGCGAGGGCGAGAGCGGGGAGGAGGAGGUGUCCACGGAGCUGCCCAACGGCACGCCCGUCUAUGUGGCCGGCUGGGGCGAAAUCUCCGAUGGCUCGACGCCCUACAAGCUGCAGAAGGCCAACUACGCCACGCUGAGCGCUCCCUACUGCGAGCUGGCCGCCGGCUAUGGCUACGCCUCCUGCCUGUGCCUGACCAGCGCCGAGCGGCAGGGCAUCUGCCGCGGUGAUGCCGGCGCCGCUGUCAUCGACGACGACAAGGUGCUGCAGGGCAUCACCAGCUUCCAGUUCUCGGACUGCGGCAGCGCCUACCCGGACGUCGCCUCGCGCAUCUACUACUAUCUCGACUGGAUCGAGGCGAAUGCCAAGUAGGGCAGGAUCCAAAUGGCAGGAUCGCAGGAUCACAGCCUAGAUGUUUGCGUCUUUUUUUUUUUGUUUAAUUAAUUUUUUUCAUGUGCAUAAAUUGUGUGUUUCCCCUUGUACCAUAAACAACAAGAGAAAAGAAAAAGAAAAGGCA